UCCCAGCGCCACGACUUCCCCCUGCACCCUGUCAGGGAGUGUUUCAGCAGCCUGUGACGGCAGCCAGGCCUCCAUGGCCUGGCACUGAGCCCCCUGCAUCCUCCCUGUCUCAGGGCUGGCCUCGCUGCUGCUCCACCAGGAAAACACCAGCCCAGGAGCUACAGAAGAUGAUGUGCCUGCCCGCCUCCCCACCGGCGCUGGCAUUGAGGACAUGCCUGGGGUUCGGGCUCUGCGUGCUGCUCUGCCUUGGGAUGGGCCAAGCACUGGAGAAGAAAGUAGUGAAAAGCAAAGUGGGGGAAAAGGUCAGCCUGCCUUGUUGCCAUGAAAUUCCCAGCUCAGAAAGCCUACAAAAGUACCGGGUCUACUGGCAGAAGAACAUUACGGAUGUGGUGCUGGCCUACUCAGAGGGGAAUAUGAUCUCCCAGCAUGAGCGGUACCAGAACCGGACAGAGAUGGACCCCUGGAACCUCACCCUGUGGAUCUCACCCACGGAAAUCCUGGACAAUGGCUCUUACCAGUGUGUGGUUCAGCGCAACUCGGUUCUCAUGUGUAGCGAGUCUGUCAUCCUCUUUGUGACAGCUGACUUCAGCAAGCCCAACAUAACAGCAGAAGUGUCCGCUGACUUUUGCGACUUGACUGAGAUGGCAAUAACGUGUUCUUCUCACGGAGGUUUCCCCAAGCCCAAAAUCUCUGGAGCCCUCAACAACAUGUCCGUGGAGUGGAAUGCCAGCUGGGUGUCUGAGUCCAGCUUCAGCCCCUACAAUGUCACUGGAAAACUGGUGUUCAACGUGACCAAAGACGUCAACAUCACUUGCUCCGUUGAAUACAGUGGCUUUGCCAAGUCCUCCAGUUUGCUUCUGAAAAAAACAAACAACUGCGUUGUCCCUCCUGUGCCUCCACCUUAUAAUGUCAUUACUGCUUCAAUUAUCAUCGUUAUCAUCUUCAUUCUGGCUAUCACCCUGGCAGCAAGAUACCUCCCAAGGCAUGUUUGUUCUCACUGUUGUAAGCACCAGGAUUCCAUGGAAGAGGAUGUGAAAGAAUACACAAAGGCACCCAUGAGCUCUAAAGUGACAGCUGAAACAUCAUCUGUAUGACCAGAUAGCAUUUGCAGGUUCUUCACGCUGUGCAUCCCGCACUGCAGACUCCACUGUUCGUUGUACUGCGAUGCUUGCUGCAUGGCCCCUUUGGCUCUCUGCAAGGGGGCGGCAGCAGGAGAAAACUCUGCUCACCACGGCUGAAACACGACCUCCUGUGGACGGAUGCAAACCCCCUCCUUCGCCACCGAAGCUGUGAGGUGGCCCCGUUACAAGGAGGUCGCUGGAAUUCCAGAUGAGAGGGCCCUCCGUGUUCCUGCAGCGGGGCAGAAGGAUGUCACCAGUGGCACACCAGGUCAAGACUUCAGCAACUUCUGGCUUUGAUGCUGCCUCUGUGAGAACCAAGGGCUUGCAGAGCCCUAGCCCACCUACCCCUUCAGUAACACGGAGCUGCCCUUUGGGACACCCCAAAUCCUGACAUGAAAUCUCGUCAGUUUGUGCCUCCAUGUUGCGAGUGGGAGCAGCCAAAACUUCUUUUAUAUUCAGCCUCACACAAGUAUCUGUUGUUCCUGCUGGAGGACUUUGGAUUUGGACUCGACCAUUACAGACACACAUCCCUUCUCCCCUAAAGAGGAAAUAGUGGACACAUUUUUCAU